GUAGGUAGGUACAGUACCGCGGGAAAAUCGAUCGAUACUUUCAACUUUGUAGUUUGUACUGCGUGAAGUGGUGAAGUGAGUGCGACGUGUAACGAAAGUUCGUCGUAUGAAUUGAUUCUAUUGAGAUUGUUAUGUAUUUAUGAAUUUUAAUUUGUGUCAAAUAAUUCAAUAAAGUAUCUCAAUAUGAUGGCAUCGUACAAACCGUUUUAUCUUGCUUUCUUCGUUGUUGUUUCUGCCGAAUUCGUCUGGAAACAUCACAACAAUGAAGAACUACCCUUGGUUUUAGAAGAAGUUCACGAAAAAUGCCCUAAUAUUACUAGAGUGUAUGCACUAACAGAGCCCUCUGUUAGAAAUGUACCUCUCUAUGUUAUUGAAUUUUCCGACAGUCCUGGAGUUCAUCAGCCAUACAAACCAGAAGUAAAAUACGUGGGAAAUAUACACGGAAACGAGGUUCUUGGGAGAGAACUAAUGUUAGGCCUUGCACACUACCUCUGUGACCAGUACAAUUACCACGACCGACACAUCAGGGCACUUAUUCAUAACACUCGGAUACAUUUACUGCCGUCAAUGAAUCCCGAUGGAUGGCAAUUGUCUACAGAUGCUGGAGGUCAAGAUUAUCUAAUUGGGCGUAAUAACAACCAUUCUGUGGAUUUGAAUAGAAAUUUCCCAGAUUUAGAUGCAAUUACAUUUGAGUUUGAACGUCAGGGUAUAAGUCAUAACAACCAUUUACUUAAGGAUUUGACACGCCUCGCUGCCCCACUUGAACCAGAAACUCGUGCUGUGAUGCGUUGGAUUAUGUCCGUCCCAUUUGUGCUGAGUGCAGCCAUGCAUGGAGGGGACUUGGUCGCUAAUUAUCCUUACGAUGAAAGCAGGAGUGGUGCUCCAGUCUCUGAAUAUUCUGCUAGUCCUGAUGAUGACACCUUCAGAGAGUUAGCUAUGGCGUACGCAAGCGCGCACGCGGAUAUGGCAUCGGGCAGCCGGGCGGGAUGUCGCAUUAGCAGUGAUGACUCCACGGCAUACAACUUCGGCAAGCAGGGCGGGGUUACCAAUGGCGCCGCUUGGUACAGCUUGAAGGGAGGUAUGCAAGAUUUCAACUACUUAGCGACUAACGCGUUCGAAAUUACGCUCGAACUGGGUUGCCAGAAGUACACCGAUGAAAGGGAUUUGGAAAAAGAAUGGAUUCGAAACAAGGAUGCUUUGUUGGCGUUCAUUUGGAAAGCUCACACCGGCGUUAAGGGCAUCGUCAGUGACGACUCCGGAUUCAUCCAGAACGCUAUAAUAUCGGUUGUCAACAUCACCGGAUCCGUGCCUCGACCUAUACGGCACGACAUCACGACUGGAGCGUACGGCGACUAUUACCGUCUGCUGACCCCAGGUCACUACGAAGUGACAGCAAAUAAACCAGGAUACUUCCCAGUGUCGCGCGUCGUCACCGUACCACGGCACCAGACCUCCGCCAAAAUACUGAACUUCAAACUUGAGCCAACCACGAGCUGGUUCGACGAUUACACGACCUUCGGUCUAUACCCUCACGGACUGCGCGACGGUCAGCCACGUAUCUACAAACGCUCCAUUUACCAGCAGAUCACGGACUCCAUUUUAGACCACAAAGAAACAAAGCAUUAAUCAGCGUCUUUUAAGCCCGGGACACCAUUAAUUAAUUAAACAUGUAUUUUGACAUUAUGAAAUGUUACACAAUAUCUUCGUGUUUUGUUUGAUAAUAAGCUCGUGACUUUUAUUACGUUUUGGCAGGCUAUUUUCACUUUUUUAUUGUCUCUAAUUGACUGACGGCAUUUUCGCGCUGUUAUCUGUGAAGCUGUAAUAAGAAUUACUGGUAUCCAAAAACUAAAAUUUGUAUUUCUAAAUAUUAGUUACAACUGUCAUUUGUAUAAGGACAGCAAGUCCAGUGUUAAUUAUAAAGGUCAGUCAGGUGACAAGCUGUCUGCAUACGAAUUACAACUUGAAUUUUGUUCCCACUUGAAGCACCUCAUGUAACAUUUGAGUGGGUCUGGAACUAGUAACAUAAUGUUUAAAGCAUUCUAUGUUAGUUCUUUGGACACUUGCAUUACAGCGCAGCGUCACAACUAGCAGCGCCACAAUAACGUCAAUCAAUUUCUGACAAAAACAGAGUAUAAACAGCCUGCUCUGCUGUAAUAAUAAAAAUCAGUGCAUUUUACACAACUCAUAAUAAAGUUUGCAUUUGCCAGUGAAAAAAGAACAGCCCUAAGAUUCUGUAGUCAUACAGCUUUAGCGUGCCAAUUCGCCAUUACAGUCCCAUAUCCAUAUUUCCAGAGUAAAUAAAGUGUCAUCUGCUAAAAUGUUUGUCGAAAUUGUGUACUUUAUUGUUGGAUCUGCUCAAUUUUAAGUGUGAAUUUGCUUAUGACAUUUUAUAAAAACAAUGCGUAAGUCUUCAUUAAGUAUUCCCUUCAUACUUAAAUAGGCAUGCGUUUUUUGUAGUCAUAAAAUGCUUUGAAAAAAAAUGUUUUAUUUGUCAUAGAAGAAAAACAAAACAGACUCAAAAGUACUUAAAUACACAUAAAUUUAUACAAACUUUUUUUUUUGCACAGAUAUAUAAAGUAACAGAUCCUACUUCUUUAAUCAUUGGUUUUUACAAAAAAAAAAAUUGGUUGUCAUAAUAAUAUGAGUUUAUUUUCUUUGGCAUAAAAAUAUUUCUUUUAAUAAAUUUGUCAUAUCGGGCUUAAGAUUUAAAGUUAACCCAAUGAAAACUUAGCGAUUGAAAAGUAUAUAUUAAAAAACAUCUAUUUUAACUAUCUUACGAUGUUUGAUGUGUGUUGAAAUUAUAUAAAUCUUAUUUAUUUCUGUAAAUACAAACAGUAGUUUUAUUAAUAAAUUGUACCUAAAUGAAAUAAUUAAAUUUUUUGAAUUGCAAUUCAGUUGUUACUUUGAUUGACAUUUGAAAAUGUAUUGAAUGUAUUGGACAUUGCGUAAUUUUAACUGGCAACAAUCUGGGCCGAUUUUUCAAUCACCAAUAAUUCGAUCACGAUUCGACCGAAUAAUAAAUCUGACAUCUUGAGAAUUAUGUAAUGUAUUGGUAUGUGCCAUAGAUUAUAUUUUGUUCCUAAUAGCGAAUAUUGCCGACUAGGUUGAAUUUUACUAAAAUAAUUUUCCUUAUUAUAAUUAUGUAUUUAGAAAAUAUUUAUAUGCGAAAUUGUAUUAUUUAGUAAGUUUGUAUCACUAAUUAUUAUUGACAGUUAUAAUUAAUAGUUUCAUGUUAUAGUUACCAUUAGAUAAUCUUAAGAAAGUACAGUUAAUUUGUAUCUCUAAUCUUUUCUAGUCUUAACACUGUUCAAAGGUUUCUAGUAUGUGUAUAAAAUGUUAUUUUUUGAAUGUACAUAAAUGAGACAGUAUGCCUCCAUGAUCAAUGAAUUAUUGAAACGAUUUGGCUUUAUAAAUUGUCGAUAGUGUACUUGGGGUGAAUGCAGAAAAAUACUGCGAUAUUCUUGAUAAUUUUCAAUACACUUAUAAGGCUCAGUAAAAUCAUCAUUGGUAUUGUGUCUAUAAGUUUUUUUAUUGAACAGGUUUAUUUAUUGAGUAAGACUGCGUUAUAACCUCUGAGUCUGGUUGCAACGGGUAAUUUCGUAUUUAUUCCUGACAGCUAUUUCGUUUAUAUUUUGUAGAAAUUUUCAUAACUUUCAAUCAACAUUUUUGAAGAAAUCUUUUUUUGAACUUUUGUUACACUAAAAAGCAUGAAUAUACUGAAAACCCCUCAUUUAUUAUUUGAUAUAUACAAUCAUUAAUGAAGCACCACAAAACUUCUAAUCUAACUAUCAUUUUAAUCCUAAUAAGUCAUCGAUUGUAAUUUGACAUUUCAUUAACCGUAAAGUUUUGAAUUCGACGUCGUUCGUAGAAUAGUGUGUGAAUAAAUAAUUUAUAUUGUUUUUAUGCUUGAAAUCAAUUCUGUAAUGUACAAAAACUUUAUUAAAGUACCUAAUUAUGCAAAUGAA